AUGUCGAGCCUCGACCCAUCUGUCGUCCAACAUCGUAUACCACUUCUACCCCAUGCCAGGCUGAUUAAGCAGAAGUUGAGACGAUUGCACCCUCGCUGGAGUUUGUCCGCUUUGGUCCGUCGACUCAUGAGAUGGUUGGUACUCCUUAUUGGGUUUGACAUUCAUUAUGUUACUCAGAAGUCUAUCCGAGGAAACAUUAUUGCGAAUCACUUAGCCUCAUUACCGGUUUUGGAUGGUAAAGUUAUUGAUGAUGAUUUCCCAGAUGAGGAUGUUGCCACUAUGACUAGUCUAUCAGGUUGGCACAUAUACUUUGAUGGCGCGACCAACCAUUUUGGAUAUGGGAUAUGUGUUUUGUUGAUAUCCCUUCUUGGUGACUACAUUCCUAGAUUAGUUCGGAUUGCAUUCUCUGAUCGACAUCCUACCACGAACAAUAUUGUUAAGUAUGAGACUUGUAUCUUGGGAUUAGAGACAGCUCUUGAUCUCGGGAUUAAACAAAUGGAGGUGUUUGGUGACUCUCAUAUGAACCAAUUUGCUGAUGCCUUAGCUACUCUAGCUUCCAUGAUUGAUAUUCCUGCUGAUACCAUUGUUCACCCUUUACUGAUUGAGUCGAGAUCAGUUCAUGUCUAUUGUUGUUUGAUUGAUGAGGUAGAGUUGGAUGAUGGUUUGCCUUGGUACCAUGACAUAUAUCAGUUUCUUAGACUUGGCAUAUAUCCUGAGGUCGCCAUGGCCAAGGAUAAGAGAGCAUUGAGACAGUUAGCCACCUGA